UCUUCGUCUUGCGCUGUUAAAUCACAAAUCAUUAUACAUAAUGCAGUUGUUUCUCAAUAAGUAUUUUUAUUUUAGGUUUCCUUGUCAGUGCUGACUGUGAACUAGGAAGGUUUCAUUUUUAUUAACAUAUUCUAACUAUAUUCACUAUUAUAACCUAGUCAGUACGUACCGUACCUUUCAUGAAUACUUUUGAGCAGUUGUCUUGAUAUCUAAAUAUGCAAUCAUACAAUUCUUGUAACAAUAUCAAUUUGAAAUUGCCUAUUCUUUUGAAAGUGCAGUAAAUGUAAUGGAAGAGCACUGUACUAUUACCGAAAUUUCCAAACUAUCAAAGAAAGAUGCAUUACACAGGGAUUCAGAAACUGGUAUCAAUUACUUGAAUGAACACAAAUGUGGUGUAUCAGAUCGACCAACAUCUAGCCUUCAGAAGAAAAUGAGUGGACAGACUCAUACAACGAAGCGAAAUGUGGAAAUGAGAAAUAUUUGUAGAGAUAAAGCUCGCGCUAUCUUCGAUGACAGAAAGCGAGCUAGCCUUCUGGGACGCAAUCUGAAGAAAUGUGUUCGUAUAGAUGGCACAUUGAAUCUCAGCAACCAAAAUUUAUCUGAAGUUCCCCAGGAGACUUGGUCUGUUGAUUUGUUGGAUGAAACAGAAAAGCAAAAGAUGAUCGUAGAUUUUAGUAAUUCUGAUGAUGAAUUGAAAUGGUGGGAGUUCAAGCCUCUGCAAAAUCUCAAUUUGAGUCACAACAGCAUCAAAGUCCUACCUAAAGAGUUGGGCAUUCUAGAGGUGUUGAUAGAAUUGAAUGUUGAAAACAAUCAGAUUGAAGAACUCCCCAAAGAAAUCGGACAACUUCAACAUCUAAAAACAUUGAAAGUUAAAAUGAAUCGUUUGAAGUCAGUCCCAGAGGAAUUGUUCAAGCUCAAGGAGAUCGUACAUUUGGAUUUGAGCGAAAACUUAAUUUGCGAAAUCCAUGAAGGCCUGGGAGAUCUGGUCACCUUGCAAAAACUGGAUUUAUCAAGGAACAAACUAUCAGCUGUUCCUCUAUCACUAGGCUAUCUAACCAGCCUAGUAACCCUGAAUAUUUCUCAUAAUCAUCUUGCCUCCGUUCCGGAAGAAAUUCAAAACUUGCGUGGGCUGACCGAUCUUGACAUAAGUCACAAUAAUAUCUCAGAACUGCCUCCUAUGACUCACAUGUCACAUUUGACCAUUAUUGAAGCUUCAUGUAAUCAAAUUGCUGAGGUUCCCGCCUUCAACAAUUGCAGGAAACUUCGUGAGGUCAGAUUCGGCCAGAAUAAAAUAGAGAAAAUUGAAGUCGGCAACUUUGAAGAAGUGCCUGUUUCAGUCCUGAUUCUAUCUAGUAAUCAGAUUUUAGAGGUGCCUGAGGACAUAGCUCGUCUCACCACCCUAACUAUCCUGGAUCUGAGUAAAAAUUCUAUAACUAAUAUCCCACCAAUUAUGACGAGAUUGCGGAAAUUGACGCACUUGAAAUUGGAAGGUAAUCCUAUAAAAAAUAUUCGACAGGACAUACUAAAAACUGGAACACUGAGAUUAUUGGACCAUUUAUCGAAAAAAUUGAAAGAUGAAAUCGCAAGUCAAGGCAAUCCGAAUAAUGCGAUGCAUUUCUAUGAUGCAUGUUAUAGUGAGGAAUCUGAUGUUAUGCUCGACAAGCAGGAAAUGAGGAGUGGAAAUUUGAUACUCUGUAAUUCAAAUAUGGCCAAAAUACCUGAAGAGAUAAUCUCUCAAGCCCAAGAUGCCAAAAUCCUGUCUGUGGAUCUAUCAAAAAAUAAUUUCACAAUUUUUCCUGACAACAUAACUGCGCUUCAGGCGACUCUCAGUGAGCUGGAUCUGAAAUUCAAUUUUCUCGAAGAACUACCCAGCUGUAUUGGACAGUUGAGUCAGUUGCAGUUCUUGAAUUUAAGUCACAAUAAACUGACAACACUACCGAAUGAGUUGAACCAGUGCCUUAGAAUGAGAGAAAUUCUGCUGGAGAGUAACAGAUUAUCAGAAAUACCAGAUGUUAUCCAUGAUUUGACACAUUUAGAACGAUUAGAUGUUGCUGGAAACAGUAUAAAUGAAAUUAAUGUGGACCGACUUGGAAAUUUGAAGAGAUUAUACUACUUGAAUGUGAGCUGUAAUAAUAUACAGAAGAUACCUUGUGAACUUGGAAAACUGGAGCAUAUCAAAGAAUUGAUGCUAUUUGGAAACCCAUUCCGAUGUCCUAGACAAGCUAUUCUGGCCAAGGGAACAGCUGCAGUAAUGCAAUUUCUCAGGGAUAGACUCCCGGAAAACUCCUCAUAACUAAAGCCAUAUUAUAUUUCAUAUUUAUUACCAGCUUAUUGCAUUAGUUAUUAGUGAUACGUGUGAAUUGAAUAACAUAAAUUCUAUUUUAAUUGUAAUACAUCCCAUACAGAGGAGAAUCUUGAGAACCACCCGAUCUACUUAAUUCAUAUUUAUAAUUGAAAUUGAAAUUUAUUCAUAACACUGACAAUUUACAAACAAAAAUAAAUCAACUUAACAAAUCAGUACAAUAAUUUUGAAAAAAGCUAAAAUACAUAAUAAAAUAUUAUCUUCUAAGUCUAUUCAUAUAAAUGAAAAUAAUUAAAAACAUUAUGUAACGUCAGAGUUAUGAUUAAAGUACUUCAUAAGCUAUUAGCUGUGUUGAAGUUACCUACUCGGAAAAUUAAACUAUUUGACCUUUGCAAGAGACAGAAGCCUCGAAAAAAAUUUUCAACAGAAAGUCUUUGUCUAUUCACAGAGAACGAAUUGAAAGGAGUGAACAUUACAGAAGUUAUUUAUAGAAACCAAAAAGUAUAAUACAAUUCUAGGAAAAUAAAUUAAGAAGAAUUUGAGGAUAUAUACAUUU